AGAAAGAAAAAAAAUUGGAGUGUAAAACCUAACAUAAUCGCCGCUAAGAAUCAUGUGACCAGGAAUUCUUCUCCCUCUAAUGAUCUCAUCUACCUACCAGUCCUUCGACUGUGACUCUUCACACCUCCACCCCAUCGCUGCCGGCCUGUCCUCCGGUGACUUUCCCUGCCCCUGUCGGCUCCCCUUGGAGAAUGUGGAGAUAAGAAAUCGAUUUUGUGGGGAGAUUUUCAAGGAAGAAGGGACAGCUCAUAAAGGAUUAGAACUCUCGAAUAUGAAGAUAAUAUAAUACUCGUAGUUUAAUAUUGUAACUUCUGUAAGUUAAGUACUGAUGAGGUUGAUAUCAACAUGAUAUGUUCGGGUAAUUCUGUUAAGGCAAUGAAGUGCUAAGAAUUAACAGCAGUGAAUUCAAGCCAACAUGUAUGAUUGCUAAGAAAUAAAAAUUCUAUAAAAUCUGCUUUUCUUUUUCAUUGAAACAACAAAGCAAAUCCAAACACUAAUUAAUAUCCUCUGUUUUUAAAAGAAAAUCAUUUUUGUUUAAUAUUUUAUGAGUUGUUGAAACUGAAAUUAGCAAUAAAACCAUCCAACUUAAGACUACCUAAAUCAUACUUGGUGAAUAAAACCAUCCUUCCACAACCAACCUAUGACAAUAGAAAAUAUGCUAGUUGAACACAUGCUCUUGUCCCUCUCAGUUCAAAUGUAAAAAGAGUAUGAACAUUCAGUGUAUUUCCCUCUCUAAUCAAAUGCAAUUGCCAAU